UCAGAAGGAACAGGCCAGGGUGUUAUUCAUAAUCAUAAUAACGAUGGAACCAACACCAAAGAAGCCUAAAGCAGCACUCAUUGUCUUCCUCUUCCUCCUCCUUCUUAUCCUCAACAACCACACUUGCCAAGUCCAUUCCCGAAACCUUGCAAUUGCAAACUCCCCUUCUCAUGCACCGGGUCCUGCAACAGCAACAGCAACAUAUAAGAAUAAGAGAAGUUUUGAUGGAAGGAUUAGGAAAGCAAAUCCAAUUCCAAGGCAAGGCUCAUUUCCAGCUACAAUAUGCCAUUCAAAGUGCAACCAAUGCAGGCCUUGUGUUCCAGUUGAGGUGUCAAUCAGAACCACAAUGGUAGUUGAAGAGAACCAGUACUAUCCCAUAGCUUGGAGGUGUAUGUGCCACACCAACAUCUUUUCACCUUAAUUAGGAUAGGACAACAUUCAUUUCAAAUUUUUAAUGUUCUUUAAUUUGACAAAUAUUAUAUGAUGCUAUGUUCAGUGUUGUGGUAUGUUACUUUACCAUUGUUACA